UAGCGCCCUGGUCCACGGCCGCAGAUUCGUCGCUUCGCAUUGGUGGGAAGAAGCCCCGACGCGGGGGGAGCGUCUCCGGCCCGCGGGAUUCGGGAACCCUGCGCGCGCUCGGCCCCUGCGCCCGUCAGUGGCGGGGCCCCGCGGCCCCUCCCUCCCCGGCUCCAACGGGCUAAAUCUCGGCUCCGCGCCGAAAGUGGGAGGCUGCUGGCGGCGCCUCAUUUACUUCCCCCGGCAGAGGCGACUGCGUCGACGUGGAAGCUGGUGGCGGCGGCGGCGGCGGCGGCGGCACCAUGGGUGGCUUUUUUUCCACUAUCUUUUCCAGUUUGUUUGGCACUCGGGAGAUGAGAAUCUUAAUCUUGGGACUAGAUGGGGCAGGAAAAACAACAAUUCUGUACAGGCUACAAGUUGGCGAAGUUGUUACCACCAUCCCCACAAUUGGUUUCAAUGUUGAGACAGUAACGUACAAGAAUCUAAAGUUUCAAGUCUGGGACUUGGGAGGACAGACGAGUAUCAGGCCAUAUUGGCGGUGUUACUAUUCAAAUACAGAUGCAGUCAUUUAUGUAGUAGACAGCUGUGACCGAGACAGAAUUGGCAUUUCAAAAUCAGAACUUGUUGCUAUGUUGGAGGAAGAAGAACUGAAAAAAGCCAUUUUAGUGGUGUUUGCAAACAAACAGGACAUGGAGCAGGCCAUGACUCCCACAGAAAUGGCAAACUCACUGGGUCUACCAGCUUUGAAGGACAAAAAGUGGCAGAUUUUCAAAACCUCUGCAACCAAAGGCACGGGGCUUGAUGAGGCAAUGGAGUGGUUGGUGGAGGCAUUGAAGAACAGGCAGUAAAUCAACCUUGCCACAUGAUGGUCAAACACAUCCAAGCAUCCCUUUCUUUGCAGUCAAGCAAGUUAAUGCCACACACUGUAAAUAGGACUGAUGGAAUUGACUCUUGUAAAGGGGGCUGACUUGUCUUGUAAACACACACUGAAGCAACUGAAUGUCUGUCUGUAUUAUAUUAAAAUACUCCUCCCUUGCUCUCCUGUAUUAAAGUAUGUACUUAUAUUAAUUUGUAUGGAAGACUUAAUUGAAAAUAGACUGAGACAGGCUAGAAUAAAUGGUUUUGUUUUGAA